GUGUGGCAAAAGAUAAUUUGGGAAGGGGAGGCAGGGCAUAGUGGGUUGUAUAAGAGUGCAGAACCACAACACGCUGCUUUAGACAAAGAUUUUUCCUCCUCAGACAUCUUUUGAAAUACUGGAUGUGAGCAGUGAGCAACACAACAAGAACAGCAGCAGCAAACAGCAGCAGCAGCAACCAUGAAGAUUCACGCUCUUGUCUUCAUUCUGCUCUUCGCUUGCAUGUACCUGAGUCUGGCACAAGGCUCAUAUGGCAACUGCUGCCUCGGCUAUGUUUCAGAAAUCAAAAGGAAGCGAAACAUUUUCAGUUACACUAUGCAGGAACCAGAUGGUGAUUGCAACAUCAGAGCAGUUUUGUUUACGAUGAAGAAGAGGGCAAAACCUGUGUGCGCCAAUCCAGAAGAGAAAUGGGUCAAGGAUGAGAUGAAGAGGAUCAAUCAAGCUAGGAAGAAUUAGACUAGUAAAAGGAGGAACAAGAAGAGGAGAGAGGCCAGCGGCCAUGUCAGCUUCCUGUCGGACAUCGUGUAUCAUCGUUAACCAGAUUUUGUUUCAGCAGAUUAGGUAUUUCCUGUUGCUGACAGCGAAUGUAAAUCGUGUACACAGUUCUCUAAUACAGAAACAUGCUGUAUUCUUAAAGUUAUAUCCAGUAUAACAAAAAAUCAUUUAUGUGCACCAUCUAUGAUAGUGUUCCCUUCUCUGUGAUGUGUAGCGCCUGCUAGGAAUGAGCCUCUUUACGGCAGCUUUGAAAUGUGAAUAAGUGUGUUUGUGUGUGAGAAAACAUACACAUAUGAGAAAAACAUAUGUGACACUUUAGGAGUAAGCUGAUUUUCUUAUAUAUACAUUCGUAUACAUACAACAGAGUUCCUAAUUUUUGUAUCCACAUUCAAAUUGUACUUUGUGUUUUUCUAUUGCAAAUAAAGAACAAAUACAAAAAUGAAAA